UUCAACGUCAACUGAAUAGGACAUCAAAAUGGUUCAAACGGAGAGCAUUGAAAAAGUGUACCUUUUCGAAAAGGAUCGGGUCAGCAGCUUCAAAAAGUGGCCCCACUCCGGCUCCAGUCCGUGCAACAUCCAGAAGAUGGCCGAAGCCGGUUUCUACUGGCAGGGCGACGACAAGGAAGACGAGGAUACUUCCGUCUGCUUCGUGUGCGGUAAAGUGCUGGACGGAUGGGAGGAAACAGACGACCCGUGGGAGGAGCACAAGAAGCACGCUCCCCAGUGCAUGUUCGUCAAGUACGGUCGGCCGGAGGCGGAACUGACGUGCGAAGAAAUGAUCAACCUGCUGGAGGUAAUUCUAAAGAGAAGGAUUCAAAGCAGCUACAGCGGGCUGAAGGACUGCCUCACGGCACACAUUGAGAAGAAACGCAAAGAGAUGCUGAAACAGUUGUCCAAAAACUGAUUUUAUGUCCCCGUGGUGCCUAUAUUUAGAUGUUUGAGUAGAUAACGAUAUGUAAUUGUAAGGUAUU